AUGUCGACAGAAGAGGGGGCUGGCUCUAAGCCAGUUCCUUUAGCUCAGCGAAUUCUAGCUCUGCAGGCCCGCAACAAAAGACGCUUGCAUGCAUACGAAACUAGUCGUACUUCUCAAAGUGAGGGAAAUAAGGAGAACAGCUUGCUUUCUUCAUCCAUGAGCUCAAGGCAAAAUAAGACUGCUCCGGCAGGAGAAAUGUUUGACAUGAGCAAGAUUAACGAUAGUCUCAGGGUUGUUCGCCACAACGUGAGUAGUAGCUCUUCAGAUUGCACUCAUGGCAAAAGCCCUUCUCAGGUGCAUAUUAACUGUUCCCUAAGGGCAACAAAACAAACGCCUUCGCUUUCAGCCAUACCGGAAAAAGGAGUAGAACGAGAAAGCGACAGAAAGUCUAGAACUAUCGAACCUGAACACCGAUCUCCAACUGACAAUCAUAUAAAAUCGAGAAGUAAAAGCGCUGGACCAAAAACGUCUCAUUGUGCAGAGACUCCUCUAUUAGCGAACCGAAUUCGACCAUCGGCUUCCACGUCGUCCCUUCAAAACAAAUAUAUGGUCAUAAACAAUCGUAAUUACCUAUGGCUAAACUUGUUGGGUAAAGGUGGAAGCAGUCAAGUUUACGAAGUUUUCGACGAAACCAGAAGUGAAGUGUGUGCUCUAAAAGUGGUUGAUUUAGGCGUUGACCCUGCAGUGCGACAGUGUUAUUUGAAUGAGAUCGAAUUGCUAAAAAAUUUGCAAGGCAGUCCUUAUGUGAUCAAAAUGAUCGAAUAUGAGCUGCGCGAUUCCGAAAAUACCUUGUACGUAGUCAUGGAGAAAGGAGACAUUGACUUGGCGACCUUCUUGAAAACUCGACGAACUGAAAUCGACUCCGCUUUUGUGAAAUAUUACUGGAAUGAAAUGCUUCGAUGUGUGAAAGUUAUACACGACAGAAAAAUAGUUCAUUCCGAUUUAAAGCCGGCCAACUUUCUGCUUGUGAAAGGAAGUCUCAAAUUGAUCGACUUUGGGAUAGCUGCCGGAAUUCCAAGCGACAUGACUGCAGCUAUUAAAGAGAGCCAGAUGGGUACACUCAGUUAUAUGGCUCCUGAGGUGUUACAAGGAGAAAAUGGUGAUGGAAAAUUCAAGAUUCCGCUGAAAGCAGAUGUUUGGUCGUUAGGCUGCAUUCUUUAUAACAUUGUGUACGGUCACCUGCCAUUUCCGAUGAAAAGUCAAGCUGCGAAGAUGGCAGCCAUUCUUAGUCCUGAUUAUGUGAUUGAAUUUCCUGAUAGCUGCGAGUCUCUUCUAAUCGAUGUCAUGAAGCGCUGCCUUGUUCGAGAUGUACAUAAGAGAGCGGAUGUCAACGAGCUCUUGGAACAUCCGUAUUUGACGGGCCGAACUUCUGGCUCAUCUUCGGGGCCCACAUCACCCAACUCGAGUUCAUGCUGUCCGCAACUCGAUUUUCUUGCUAUUGCUCGGGAGAUCCAAAACAAUACCCCGAAUACAAUGGCUCGCCGUUUAGAAGAGUUGACGAAGGGAUCUCAGAUGUCUCGCUCAGCAUGCGGAGAACACGUCGAUUCGGUAAAGAAAAUGCUUGAUUUUAACUGA